GAAAGAAAAUGCAUGGUUAAAGUGAAGACUCCAACCUGGCCAGCUAUGACGGCAGAUGAACUGUGGGAAGGUGUGACCAGUGUCAGUAAUCCUGGAAGGAAGCGAGGUCGUGGUCGCAGUAUAAAGAAAAAGGUCAACCUCAAUAGAAGCCAGGUUAUUGGCAAAGGUAAAUCUGGACUUGUGUUUCCUGGCUUGGAUGGUCCUGCACUUGUGGGAAUAAAAACUGUUUCUAUACAUAAGUCAGAGACUAGAGAAGAAGCAGCUGUGGAGCAACCACAGUUGAGAAGGAAAUUUCCAAAGAUACCAGCCUUGCAAAGGGGUUACAGUGGGAGAAAGUACCCAGGCACUAGCAUUGGACCCCCGGAUCCUAUCAAUGACUAUGUAUUUGAAGGGUUUGACACAAGAGUAUUGGACUACAAAAUGGUGUCACACAUGACUGGCAACCUGGGCAGAAAACAAAGCAUAAGCACAAUUGUUGUCACCGGAAAUGGGAAAGGUUUAGCAGGCUAUGCUGUUGCUAGUGCACCAGGAGGAAAAACAGCCCUGCGAAAGGCAAAAAACAGGGCAGCCCAGAGACUGCAGUACUUUGAGAGGUAUAAUGAUCACACAGUUUUCCACGACUUUGCAGUCAAAGAACACAAAACGUCAAUUUUUGUUAAAAGAAUGCCAAAAGGUCAUGGUUUGGAGUGCCACCGAAUUCAUAAAACCAUUUGUCAGAUCAUCGGUAUCGAGGAUAUCUUUAUUAAGACAGAAGGGCGAACGAAAAAUAUCUUAAAGAUGACCCAGGCGCUCUUCAAAGGUCUGGCGGAACAGGAAACCCACCAGCAACUGGCAGACAGGAUGAAGUUAAACGUGGUGGAGUACCGGACAGAAUUUGAGAACCUUCCUAUCCCUGUAGCCAGACCAAAUCAGGGCUUCUCUCGGCCUGACCCGGUUAAAGAGGAGGAAUUUGAUUUUGAUAACAUGUACUACAAAGAUGGGAAAAUUCCUCUAAAGAAGGAAGAAGAUCCGCUGGCCUAUUUCAAAGCCUUGCCAUCAUCAUGGAAGUAUUACCUCAAGAUGCACAAGAACCGCAACCAGGCCCUGGCUAAGAAUCUUCGAAUUCUUUAUGACCUGGAGCCGUCGCAAGAAGAAAUCAGGUUCAGGCAGAAACCUCUGAAGUGA